UAACUUAACAGCCCAAGCCACUGACAAUUUGUAAUUUUAAUUUAAAUUGUUUGAAUGAAAUGUGGCCGCCCAACAAUGAAGAUAGCUAUUUCGUCAAUAUGGAUUACAAGAAGAACGUGAUCAACAUAAUGCCCAGUGCGGAGAUUAUGGUCAACUUCCCUGGUGAAAUGAUGCGCACCAAGAAAGCUUGUUUACUGUACGCCGAACGAAUGGAUUUCAAGGAAGUAAUGCAAUUGAGAUUGGCCGAGAAAUGCGAUCAGAGGCGGAUGUAUAUCACGACAGUGGAUACAGGAUCCUUUCAGCAACUGAAACAAGAUCAGUCGCUAAAUGUGACAUUUGGAGGGUUUAUGGAUAAUGUGGUGCGAAUGCUGAAGGAUUGCCAGGCUGGCAAAUUGGAAUUACAUCUCAACCCGAGAGAUUCAGCGUCUAGCAAUGAUGGCCAGGUCGAGAAUUUUUAUUUACAAUUCGUUGAGGUCAGAUCAUUUAAAAAUCUUAUUCACUUAUGCCUGCCCUGCCGUUCGGCAUCGCUGAACACGGUACUCUUUUAUAUAAAUUUAAUGCUGGACGCGUCCUAUAAAAAAUAUUUUUUGCUGGAACAAAAUGCACAACAAAUGAAAAUGGAAAUAUCAUCCCAGCGUGUUCAUUUGGAGCAAUUGGGGGCAGAUAAUAGCCAACUACGUGAAGCUCUGGGCGAGAAUACACGCAUCCUGGGCGAAAAACAUGCGUUGGAGCUGCAGCAAAUGCAAGACAAGCUUGCGAAAUUAAACGAGCAACGUAGUCAUGAUCAGGAGCGCAAUCGUCGAAGUAUUUCAAACCUGCAAACCCAACUUGACAGGGCCCAACAGGAUAAGAUUGAUUUAAAAUCACUGCAAGAACAGACCGAGAAGCGCACUCAAACAUUGACCGAGGAACUAAAUUGCUGCAAAUCCCGGAUUUGCACACUUAAAGAACAAAAUGAUAAACUGCAAUUGGAUAUAAACACUGCUAAAAAGCAGGAGCGUAAAUUGGAAUACAAAAUCGAGGAUCUUAAACAGCACACUACAGAACUCCAGGAGCAAAUACAAAAGGGUAACAAGGAAAAGGCCAACAUGUCUGCCGAAUUGGAAGCCGAGAAAAAAAUCCUGCACACCAAACGUCAAGCUCUGGAAAUGGCCUCUAUGGAGAUAGCUAAAGCUAAUCAAAUCAUUGUUAAACAAAAUCAAGAACUGCUCAAUCAAAAGAGAACCGUUGCCUGGCGCACAGAAGUUGCAUUGCAGCAGGAGAAGGCCAUCACGGAGAAAGAGAAACUGCUGGCUUUACGCGAAGAGGAGGUCAGACAGGGAAGGAUUACCAUUAAACAGCUAAGAGAAGAGAUUCCCCAACAGUUGGAGUCCAUGCGACAUUUUGCCCAGGGGCUAGAACAGAAAUACUCAAAUCAAAUCCUCACUUUGAAGCAUCGUCUGUCGUCAGGAAAGGAGAAUCGCAAAUAGAUAUCGUUGUAGCUGUUCGUUUCGUUUAUAGUCUUAUUUAUUGUUGUACUAUUUAAUUAUACUUUAUAUUGUUGGGCUCUAGUCAUAA